AUUUUAACCCAAAAGCUGCUCUUUGGUUGAAAUAUGUAGAAACAAUGCACACUAACUUUUACAUAUUUUAGAAUAUUGAACCAGCACCGCGAUAACAGCGGAACCCAAUUUCGUUCAUAUAGUUUUAGGGCUUGUCGGACAGAAUUUGUAGGCGUACUGGUGGUACAUUUGCCAGUUAUAAUGGCACAUGGAUUUAAAAGCAGCAAUCAAAAUUUCAUAUUUGGGCCAUGGACGGUUAAGGCUGUGAAAACGCAUAUAAUGAAAUCUAAAGACAUUGAAAGAUUAGCAGAUGAAAUGCAAAUGCCUUCACUUCCAGAAAUGCUCUUUGGUGAUAAUGUCUUAAGAGUACAGCACAAAAAUAGCUUUGGAAUUGAAUUUAACGCUAAAGAUGCCCUGCAAUGUGUGAACAACUUGCAGGAUUCAGUGAAAGUGGCCUGCGCGCAGGAAUGGCAAGAAAGUAGAUCAGAUUGUGAACACUCAAAAGAGGUGGUUAAACGGUAUGACUGGACGUUUACAACAGACUACAAAGGCACUUUGCUUGGAGACGAAUUAAAGUUGAAGGUUAUGCCUACAUCUGACAGAAUUGAUAUGGAGAAAUUAAAAACCAGAGAACAAAUUGUUUUCUUUGAAGAAGUUUUAUUGUUUGAAGAUGAGCUGCAUGACCAUGGAGUCUCUAUGCUUAACGUAAAAAUUAGAGUAAUGCCAUCUAGCUUCUUCAUAUUAAUGAGAUUUUUUCUGCGUGUUGAUGGUGUCCUUAUUAGAAUGAAUGACACAAGACUCUACCAUGAGGCUGACAAAAAUUACAUGCUACGUGAAUUCAGUUGUCGAGAAAAUAGAAUGUCAAACUUUCAGCACAUCCCUCCUGCAAUUUAUACAGACCCAAAUGAAAUCUGUCAAUAUUUACCUCUAAAUCUUCUGCAGUGUGAAAAACUGGAAUUUCCAGAAAACAUGUCAGAAUCACAAAUCACAGAAACUCCCCAAACAACAGAACCUGAGCAAACUUGAAUUGGGAUAUAACAAUGUUUUUUACCCUUCUGCAAUGUGUUUCAAAUAUUUUAUGCACAUACUGUUACAUCUAUGUGUAUUUAUAUUCAUAAAAUGUCCUUCCAAUAUAUAAAUGUAAACAUUUCACAAUUUGGGGAACUUUGAAUGUGUUUUCUUAAAUUGGAUGGCUUCAUCUUUUAUGGAUAAAUAGUCUGCAAUUAGAAGAAAAUCGACUGUUCUCUGUGUUGUAAAAAUUAGAACUCUUCCGUUAUUUUUUUAAUUUACAACAUGAUAACUUGAAAUUAUGCAUUUGACUAAAUCAAAUAUAGUUCUUAUUGAGGUUGUACUACUUAACUCAAUGGGAUUAACUAAUUGAAUUUAUUUAACAAGUACAGUUUUUAAUCCAUUAAUUUUAAAGUGAGCCAAACACUUUAGGUAAUGAUAAAAAAAAUUGUGAUUUUUAACAUUAUUUUUGCAAGAACCAUCAGUACUACUUUUUCUAAUGUAUGUUUUAUUUUCACUUUAUAUACAAUAGAUACAGUACAGUUUUUCUUAAACUGUUUCAUUAAACAUAAUUAACCCCAAAGCUUUAAAGCUAAUUCUAAUGACUUAAGCAGUGACUGAAUACUGUAUGUGCCACAGAGGUACCCCCAAACGCCUGAUGUUUGAUGUUCUAUAUCCUUGUGACAUAUUUAAAUCAAACUUUACAAUGUUGACUAAAGUGAGUUACAUCAUUAAAUGUGGUCAUCAGUAUACAGUAUUUUAAUUGCAACAAUUGGUGUGUUUUUUCCUAUGCUCAGAUUGUGAAAAUUUAUUGCUAAUUCAAUAGAGAAGUCUCAGCAUUUCAAACACAUUGCAGUACAAGAAAUAAACAUUUACAAUAAAGAUGA